AUGCUCGUGUUGGAGGAUACUGUUAGAGAAACAAGGGAACAGCCAUCUCCAGAUGAGGAGGCACCUGAUGAGACUACAGACAAGUUGGAGGAUACUGUUACAGAAACAAGGGGACAGCUAUCUCCAGAUGAGGAGGCACCUGAUGAGACUACAGACAAGCCUAUGGAUACUACAGAAACAAGGGGACAGGCAUCUCCAUGCAUAGGCAUUGAUGAGGAGGCACCUGAAGAAACUACAUGUACAGAGAUGCUGGAGGAUACUGUCAGAGAAACAAGGGGUCAGGCAUCCCCAUGCAUAGAUAUUGAUGAGGAGGCAUCUGAAGAGAGUAUAGACUCGAAUACUGACUCGGAUAGUUCAUAUGUACCAUCUUCCGGAGGGACUGAUGACGAGGACAACCUUUUUAGGUGCAGUGACGUACAGCUCCCAUCAACCAGUGCAGCCCCUAAUGAACCAGGGAGUAUUCAUGUACAGAUGACAAAUAAUGAUGGAAAGAGAGUGUUUGACAAAAGAUACCCUUGUUUAUAUUGUCAAACCAUGCAGUCACAAAUUCAGAGACAUUUGCGAGAUGUACAUGGAGAAGAACAUGAGGUAGCUGCAAUACAGAAUGAAAAAGACAGAAAAGAAAAGCAAAAGAAAAUGACUCUUCUAAGAAAUAAAGGCACACAUAGGCACAAUUGCACAGUGUUGCGAAACGGUGAAGGGACAAUACAUGUAGUGAAUAGGCCAGCAUAUCAAACUUCAGCAGAUGAUUACGGGCCUUGUGAACAUUGCUUGGGCUAUUAUGUGAGAACUGAUUUGUGGAAACACAAUUGCCCUCUGAAACCAUCUCACCAAAAGAAGAAGCAUGAAAGGCUAGCGAACACAUGCAAACUACUCUUACCACCUCCAAGGGGUGUCUCGGCUGGAUUAAAUAAAGUGCUACUGACAAUGAAGAAAGAUAAGAUCAGUAGGAUUGCUAAGAGCGACAAUCUAAUAAUAGAGAUGGCCGAAAGGCAGUAUCGUGUUCAUGGACAUGAUAAAGACAAACUGUCAGACAUAAGAAACAAAAUGAGGGAGUCCGGACGCCUUCUUUCUAAGCUUCGAAAGAGAACAGAGAACAAGAAUGCUCCUUUGAGUGAAUUCAUUCACCCGAGGAAGUUCAGGACCGUGUUAGCAGCAGUGCAGGAGGUCGCUGGGUACAACGAAGAGACGCAUCAAUACAAAAUACCAUCCCUAGCAUUGAAAUUAGGGCACACUUUGCAGAAAAUGGCCAAAGUACAACAAGGCAAGGGAUCUGAAAGUGGAGAUGACAAUAUGUACCACAAUGCAAAGAAAUUCAGUGAGUGUUGCACAAGUGAUUGGUCGUGCUUUAUUUCCUCCAAUGCCCUCAGAACGCUGCAUGAACAGAAAAGGAAUCGCGUUGAGCUUCUCCCUCUAUCUAUUUAUUUUUAA